AUGCAAGCCCUGAGCCCCGAAAUCGAUAUAUACACGACCCCAGUGUUACAACCGCCGGACGGAGUGACCUCGGACUUUAGUCGACCUCUCUCAUCGGUCCAAUUGGCCACUAUAAUAGUGUUCAGCGUUACUUACUUCUUUGCGACUGCGUCUUUGGCCAUUCGAUAUGUCACGAGCGUUGCGGUGGUCCGGGCCCUGGAGGUCGAUGUCGUUCUCAUUACAUUAGCAUGGGGUUGUUCUAUGGGAUAUUUCAUCUCGGUCUGUUUCGCAAUGAAAUAUGGUUGGGGAUCGGACGCAUGGGAUAUCAGCAUCAACGACCUCACAGGGUACUACAACUACUUGCUGCCGACAACGUUAACCUACAUGUGGAGUCCGACUCUUAGCAAACUCUCUAUUUUAAGCGUACUUUGGCGAAUAAGCUCGGUACAACACUUCCGCCUCGGCGUGUAUAUCGUGUCUGGGAUGCUUCUUAUAUAUACCAUAACAUUCACUGGCCUUCUGUCAGGUCCUUGCAAUCCCAAGAAUGUCGGUGGUGGCACGUGCCUCAACAAUCUGGCAAUUUCUCAGGUCGUGCUCAAUAUCGCGACAGACCUGUCCAUUAUCAUACUGCCCAUUCCAACGCUCUACAAGCUUCAGAUGCCUUUCCGGAAGAAGAUUGUUGCUGGAGCUAUCUUGAGCCUCGGUUCUGCGGUCCUACUCGCCUCCGUCGCUCGAGCCCCAUACGUCAAAAUCAUGGCCACCGACCCAAACUUUUCUCGAAGGCAAGCCGAGGCUGGUGUCUGGUCACUGGUCGAGCUCAACCUCGGUAUCCUGUGCAGCAACUUGAUGCGCAUGAAGCCUUUCCUCCGGGCCUACUUACCCAAGCUCCUCACCAUACUGGGGCUCUCAUCAGGGAGCGCAUCCAACACCCCUGGUCACGACAUCUCGACGGGACACUGGUCGCGAAAGAGCCAUGGCCGCGGUUACAAGCUCCACAGCAUAGGGAACGAAAAUUCUCAGAACAAAAGCUUGGACGCCGACGGGAUGGCUGUGAAUAUUAACAUGCAAAAGCCGGAGAAGACUCGAGCGCACAGGGAUAAUGAAAGCACAGAUAGCAUCCUGGGGUGA